GACUUGGAGGAAAGCGGGACCUGCGGAGAGGCUUGGGGACGGGGGUGGAUCCUGUAACCGAGGACGGAGGCUAGGUCAAGGCAAGGGCUGGUCAAGUGGCUGGGAAGGACCUGUGUCUGUGUGGAGCCCAUGAGUAGGGCCAACUUGGGUUCAGAGUCCUGCCGCUAGGUCAAGACACGGGGUAGGGCUUGACCGGGACUGACGGGGUCGAAGAGCUGCGUCUGAGGGCAUGGCCUGGACUAAUACUUGGAUGCGGGCUCCCGGUGCAGGCUCGGCCUCGGUGGUCUCGCUCGUCCUGCUGUGGCUGCUGGGGCUUCCGUGGAGCUGGAGCGCGGCGGCGGCACUCGGCGUGUACGUGGGCGGUGGCGGCUGGCGUUUCCUGCGCAUCGUCUGCAAGACAGCAAGGCGGGACCUCUUUGCCCUCUUGGUGCUGAUCCGCGUCCGUCUGGAGCUGCGGCACCACCAGCGCGCCCGCCACACCAUCCCGCGGAUCUUCCAGGUGGUGGCACAGCAGCAGCCCGACCGCCUGGCGCUGGUGGACGCGGGCAGCGACGUGUGUUGGACCUUCGCACAGCUGGAUGCCUACUCCAACGCUGUGGCCAACCUCUUCUGCCAGCUGGGCUUCACACCAGGUGACGUGGUGGCCAUCUUCCUGGAGGGCCGGCCGGAGUUCGUGGGGCUGUGGCUGGGCCUGGCCAAGGUGGGCGUGGAAGCCGCGCUGCUCAAUGUUAACCUGCGGCGGGAGCCCCUGGCCUUCUGCCUGGGCACCUCCGGUGCCAAGGCCCUCAUCUUCGGAGGGGAGCUGACGGCAGCGGUGGCCGAGGUGAGCGGACAGCUGGGGAAGAGCCUGCUCAAGUUCUGUUCUGGAGAGUUGGGGCCCGAGGGCAUCUUGCCAGACACCCAGCUCCUGGACCCGUUGCUGAAGGAGGCCUCCACAGCGCCCCUGGCACAGCCCCCGGACAAGGGCAUGGAUGAUCGACUCUUCUACAUCUAUACCUCAGGGACCACGGGGCUGCCCAAGGCUGCCAUUGUAGUGCACAGCAGGUACUACCGCAUCGCAGCCUUCGGCCACCACGCCUACAGCAUGCAGGUGGCAGACGUGCUCUAUGACUGCCUACCCCUGUACCACACGGCAGGGAACAUCAUGGGCGUGGGGCAGUGUCUUAUCUACGGGCUGACGGUGGUCCUCCGCAAGAAGUUCUCAGCCAGCCGCUUCUGGGAUGACUGCGUCAAGUACAACUGCACGGUGGUCCAGUACAUCGGGGAGAUCUGCCGCUACCUGCUGAAGCAGCCGGUGCGCGAGGCCGAGGGGCGGCACCGCGUGCGCCUGGCGGUGGGCAACGGGCUGCGGCCCGCCAUCUGGGAGGAGUUCACCGAGCGCUUCGGCGUGCGCCAGAUCGGCGAGUUCUACGGGGCCACCGAGUGCAACUGCAGCAUCGCCAACAUGGACGGCAAGGUUGGCUCCUGUGGCUUUAACAGCCGUAUCUUGCCCCACGUGUACCCCAUCCGGCUAGUGAAGGUCAAUGAGGACACCAUGGAACUACUCCGGGAUGCCCAGGGCCUCUGUAUCCCGUGCCAGGCUGGGGAGCCCGGCCUCCUUGUGGGCCAGAUCAACCAGCAGGACCCGCUGCGUCGUUUCGAUGGCUACAUCAGCGAGAGUGCCACCAGCAAGAAGAUUGCUCACAGUGUCUUCCGCAAGGGCGACAGUGCCUACAUCUCAGGUGACGUGCUGGUGAUGGAUGAGCUGGGCUACAUGUACUUCAGGGACCGCAGCGGGGACACCUUCCGCUGGCGUGGGGAAAAUGUCUCCACUACAGAGGUGGAGGGCGUGCUGAGCCGCCUGCUGGGACAGACAGACGUGGCUGUGUAUGGGGUGGCUGUGCCAGGAGUGGAGGGCAAAGCAGGCAUGGCGGCCAUCGCGGACCCCCACGGCCAGCUGAGCCCCAAUGCGCUGUACCAAGAGCUGCAGAAGGUGCUCGCACCCUAUGCCCGGCCCAUCUUCCUCCGCCUCCUGCCCCAAGUGGACACCACAGGCACCUUCAAGAUCCAGAAGACUCGACUACAGCAUGAGGGUUUUGACCCACGCCAGACCUCGGACCGGCUCUUCUUCCUGGACCUGAAGCAGGGCCACUACCUGCCCCUGGACCAGAGUGUCUACACCCGCAUCUGCUCGGGUGCCUUUGCCCUCUGACACCACUCUUCUACCUGCUAGAGACUCCCAGCCAGGCCCUGCCAGUAAGCCAGGCUUGAGCCAGACAGCCCUGCCCGGGGAGGGGCUGGCCCAGAUGCACCAGGUGGGGCUUCCUGGUGCCAGACAACUGGACCCCAGCAGGAGCCUAUGGCUCUGUACCUUUCGUGCUCCUCUUUCUUCCUUUGGGCUCUCUCCUGCCUGAAUUCCGGCUCCUGAGUUUGUGUGUGUGUCUCUCCUCCCUGCUUCUCAGCCUCCCCUGGGCCCCAUCUGCCCUCACCUCUUCUGUCUUUCUCCUCUGCUGCUCUCUCCUGGGAUCUGCAGGUGUGCAGGGCCAGUUGCCCAUGGGGCCUCGGUGGGUCAUCCUUGCUGGGUCAUGGACCCAGAGUGGAGCCUCCUGGCCUCUCUCUCUGUUGUGCCUUAAGGAGCCUCAGUCCAGACCUCCCCAGGCUGCUGGGCUCCAGGCAUCAUAGCCCCGUAGGAGCUCCGGUGACCCUCCAUCCUCCCUCCUGAAGGAGGAGCCUCGGGUGGUCUGCCCCGCCCACCUGGGUGUAAGAGGGCAUCAUCAAGAGACCUCCCCGCCAGCCAAAAUCUCCCAGGCUGAGCCAGUUGCCUUUUGCACUUAACCAUCUUUGGUGGGUCUCCCACACCCUGUCUGCCCUUCCUGAAGCCCAGAAGCUUCCAGAAUCGACUGUUACCACUUGGACAUUGCCCCUGCCCAGAUGUCUCCUUUUAGGCGCCUCAUGGAGCCCUGGCUAUAGGAGCCUUGAAGACUGGAUUCGGUGGCUGUUUGGCUCACCUUUUAGACGCUCACCCUGGCAGAGGCCUCUUGGGUGUCCCCAUCUGGCAUGGCUGCUGGUGGGACCCAUAGGAGUGGCAGUGGUGUAGGGGGAGGUCUUCUGCUUAGGGGGUGGUGUCCGAGAUGGACUUCUGGGCCCUGGGGGGUCCCAGCCCGUUGAAUAGCCACACUGGCCUGUUGGUGACAGUUCAGACACUGUGUUGGUGGUGACCUCCUGGACAACCAGCCAGGAUGGCUCAGACCUCCCCAUCGGCCUUGCUGGUGGCACAUCCUGGACUCCUGUUGUUAGGACUGGCCGCCCAGACUGUCCGUCCCUCCCUCCUGCUGCAGCAGCAUCCAGCCCCUCAAACACUGAGGCCAGGGCUGUCGCACGGGGGCCUUUACACGCACCAAGGUUUUGUUUCCUAGUUGAAUUCAAGAAAUAAAGCUGUAGUGUGUCCCAUGCCUGAA